UGGAUUCUUCCUGUUCCUGCCACAGAGUGCAGGGAAGGGGCUCCGAUGGCGGAUGAAUGGAAGCAGAAGUGUGACCAGCUUUGGCAGCUGGGGGCGAACGGGGUCCCCACGCCAGACGGGGUGGACUGGAAGGCGGUCUACGAGAAGAAGCCCCUGGGGCGGAAUCUGCUGAAGAACCCGGCGCCGCACGGUGUGAGUCACAGCUCUGCUCCACCAGAGCGGGAAGUUACAGGAAUCCCUCCAAGUCCUGACCAGCCCCCCCAGUUUGAACCGACAGGUGAUUUCUCAGGUUGGAGCACCAGCACAGAAGUUUUGCCGUAUGACACCAGUGGUAUUCCUCCGGGUGUGGUGGUCUGCUAUUUGCCGCAGUUCAGGUGGUUUUCUAUGGAGCAGCACAUUGACCUGAAGGCUGAGGGACUGUGGGAUGAGCUACUGGACACCUUUCAGCCAGACAUAGCCGUUGAGGACUGGUAUGAGGAGAGCCAGCUUCAUGCCUCUAUUUAUGAGCUUAAUGUGAAGCUGCUGGCAGCUGACGGACAGACGGUCAUUAAAGAGCACACCUGCAGCCCCACAGAGAACAUGGAGAACUACUCACACGACUGGAAACAGGUUUCUCAUGUGUUCUCCGGCUACGGGCCCGGCGUGAGGUACAUCUGCUUCCGUCACAAACUGAAAAACCAGUUCAUGGUGGAGUUCUUUGGCACCUUAGUUACCGACAGCUCUGUUGUUAUCAAGUCAACAAGAUCUGCCUCAUAAGUCCAUCACAACUGGAGAUCUACUGUAGACUCUGCAGGGAGGUGGUGUUUGCAGCAUAGACAAACUGCUUACCUUCCUCUGAUUUUAUGGCAUUAACCAUCAGGCCUUAUUGUUUUAGCUACAGAUUUGCUUGAAUUUUAUCAGAUGUAUUAAACACUUCAAUUAAACCAAAGAAUUUGUCAUUAUUA